AUUCCUUAUAUAGCCCUUGGAGAGGGGACGAGACGUAAAGCCUCACCCCCGACGCAAGGCCGGAGAGUCGGAGGGUCGCACUCGUUUCCAGAACCAGCACUGAACCUCGCACCUUUCCUGGCUUUUCCAGUGCCUUGAUUCGGCCCUUUCUGUUAGGCCAUGAGCGUGUACAGCGUGACGCUGAGCGGCCCAGCGCCGUGGGGUUUCCGACUCCAAGGAGGAAAGGAUUUCAGCAUGCCUCUCACAGUGUCCAGGCUGACUCCCGGAGGAAAGGCAGCUCAGGCCGGAGUCGGCGUCGGGGACAGCGUGGUGUCCAUUGGCGACUGCAACACUGAGGAGAUGACACACGUCGAGGCACAGAACCAGAUAAGAGCAGCGACCGACUCCCUCAUUCUGAAACUCAGCAGAGCUUCCCAGUCUGGAGGUGAACAGAAGCAGGUGGAGGUUAUUGACAAUAGAGGAGAGGGAUUCUAUGAAGCUUUGUACAACAGAAACGAGCACGGUCUGCGGGUGGACAACAUCCCGUGCUUUAUCCCAAACGAUCGCAGUAAGAAGCGUCUGAUCGAGGACACGCAGGACUGGCAGCCUCGCACCGGCACCACGCAGUCCCGCUCUUUCCGCAUCCUAGCCCAGCUUACGGGAACCGACUACAUGCAGGACCCGGAUGAUGAGACCAUGAAAAGGUCCAGCCAUGGAGUGACUCCGUAUCCCAGCAAACCCACAGCAAAGCCUGAAACUGCUCGAGCUCCAGCUCCUAAACCCUCCGGACCUUCGAGUCGCCCGCCCUGGGUGACGGACCCGAAUUUUGCCGAGCGCUAUCAUCCGGAUAAGACGAGCACGGUGGUGACGCAGCACAGGCAGCUGGCGGAGCCCACGCCCGAGCAAAACCGCAGCUCCAUCCUCCAGGCCGCUCAGCAGAACCCGGAGUCGGAUUCCGGACGCACACCCCUCUGUGCCGCGUGCAACAAGAUCAUCAGAGGUCGCUACGUGGUGGCCCUGGGCCGCUCCUGGCACCCAGAGGAGUUCACGUGCUGUCAGUGCCGAGCCGUGCUCGACGAAGGCGGCUUCUUCGAGGAGAAAGGCUCUGUUUAUUGCACCAAAUGCUACGACAAUCGUUACGCCCCGAACUGCGCCAAGUGCAAGAAGAAGAUCGCCGGAGAGAUCAUGCACGCCCUGAAGAUGACCUACCACGUCCAGUGCUUCGUCUGCGCCGCCUGCAAGAGGCCCAUCAGAAACCAGGCCUUCUACAUGGAGGAGGGCGAGCCUUACUGCGAGAGAGACUAUGAAAAGAUGUUCGGUACUAAAUGUCAUGGCUGUGACUUUAAGAUCGAUGCCGGUGACCGCUUCCUGGAAGCUCUCGGCUACAGCUGGCACGACACGUGCUUCGUCUGCUCGCUUUGCCACGUCAACCUGGAGGGCAAGACAUUCUACUCGAAGAAGGAUAAGCCUUUGUGUAAAGGUCACGCCUUCUCUCCACUCUGAGGAGCCGAGUUACAUCGCUUUAGUGGAAUCGAGGCAGCACAGAUCAACACGUGCCAAAAAAAAAAAAUAUAUGAAAAAAACUAAGAAAAAAUAUUAUUGUGGCAAAGGAUUACGAUGACAAUUCUGUGUAGUAACAGUUUGGAGUUUUGGAAUACCGAUUUUAGAUGAAAAAAGAGAGAGAGAGGGGAAGAAAAAAAAAAGCUUUUUUUGUAUUUGGUCUAAUCAGAGCGUAGGAAAGAUAAACAACAAGUCGGGCUGUUCAAUGGUCUUUAGUUAAAUAAAUAAUAAUAUGAAUUUAUGUACAUAGCCAGGAAGUGUCGGCCAUGUUCACCUUGGCAUUUAAAGCCUUCGCCAUCACUGCCAGCGCAUUGAUGUCGGUAUUUAUUUUAAAACCAGCCCUUGCCCCCAUGCAUUAUUUGUUAUUUUUUUUGAAAAGGAUUAAUUUUAGGAUCACCAUCGAUCUUAAAAAAAAGUGUUACUGGAUAGAGAUGCAAAUUACACUCCGUGCUAAUGUGAAAUAAGAACAGCUCCAUGUUCCAAACAUAGUCUCAUGUCCCCAGUACCCGCUUAUACGAGCUUGACUCAUACACACUUUUUCAGAUAACUUCAGUUCCGGUAACGUGCUCGCUCGUCAAUCAGUCACGCGGCAUCCAAGUCAUUGUUUAUCGUCCUCGGUUCAAAUCAGGUCUGCGUGGCAGGGUGUGAUGUCAUCCUAACACGACGUCAGCGUCCCCAAACAACCCGCAGUCCUCUUUCCCCGCACACUUAAAGUAAUAGCAGACCUCCAGAAUAGGAGGAAGAAAAAUGAGCCCCUGGCAGCCGAACAGCGCUGCAUUAGCGCUGAUUGCGAGAGCUUCAUAUUGACCCGGGCGUCGAUCUUUACGUGCCUCCCAUACCGAGCGCGAGCGCGCCACCGCCGUCCCUUCUAAUCCGACAGGUAGCUCUAAUUAACGAAAGGCUUAGGGUCUGCAUGCGCCAAGCUCAUUUUCUGUGCAUGAAUUUUUGUCCCCUUUCUUUUCUUUUAAAGAACGGAAAGGCUCCGGCUGAUCAAAGACGCCGUAUCGUCUCUAUCAAAGAGCGUACGGAACCACCGUUGAUCGUACAACGAGCCCGGUCAUCUCUUAAUCUUCUAACACGCUGUGAAGCCGGAUCUCGCGAACACGGUGUUUCCGUUUGAGCGGCCAAGGCUGGUCAUUAGUGUCGUCGUCCUUCUCGUUGCCGUGGCAGACCGUCUCAGUCCUCCAGGCCUCCCUUUGGCUCGAGCACCCGAUUCGACUAAUUACAAGGACGUUAUGGGAAAGCGUAAGCGUUUUUUCAACCCUGUCUCGCAUCACUAGACAAGAAUUUCAGCGCAUUGGCUUCGUUAAACGCAAGACAUCGCUUAUUUACGCUCUGAUAAUAAAAGUCUUGAAAGACUUGAAAGAGAUGUUUUGUCAGCCAGUGUCUGAUGUCCGUUUCGCUUCGACGUACAGCGAAUCACUCAAGAAAGAUAUCCAGCGAUCAGCAGAGUAAAGCCUUUGAUAACAGACAGCGCUGCUUCCCGUAUCUCGCCGCCUAUAUUUAUUACUUUUUUUUUUUUUUUAUUAGACAAAUAAGAUCAUGUCAGAAGUCACUUCUGUGAUUUAAAUCUCGGUUAGACGGCGGGUCUGGUAGAAUUCGUCUCAGCGGAUUAUCGAGCCGCCUCUCUUACUCCAUCACCCAAAUGAGCUUUUUUUUUUUUUUUUUUUUUUUGCCUCAUUACAAGCUCUUAAUGAGACGGCUGAUGUGUGAUCGCAGAACCGAACCCUUAAUGCGGCGAAAUUUCGAAGCCAGGAUUUUUUACCCCCUUAAGGUUCGACUUUAGUGAAAUAAGUCACAAAGAAAGGUUUAUUUCCUUUCCUCUGCGUUAAAGAUCAUGUUAAUGACAGCUCUUAGGCAGAAGUGACCGUAUCCUCUGAAUAAAACGGCAUUGUGGGUAAUCUAGGCAACAUGCAGAAUUGUUCAUGGUGUUUUAUUCCUUUGAACUUGUCAUGUUUAAGUCCGGUAAAGCCGUAACAAUUCCCCGAUGUCUGCGAUCACGUCACCGCAGGACCGACCGUUCUAAUAAUGAGAAACGCCGUAGUGUUAUCAGCGUCUGCUCUCCAACACUUUGGCUAAUCAGGUAAUUACAAGCUAACAUCUGUACAAGUGUGAGUAAUAAGUGCUGCUGCUGCUUCUUCAUAGCGUUGCAGUUAAAGAGUCUCGGAGAUCAUCCAAAGCUUUCAUUUUAAAUUCUUUGAAAUUCAACCAGUUUUCAGGAUUAAAUCGGUUUCCAAAACCUUGUCGUCUUCCUCCUGCGCUCCACCAUGGAUCAGAUGAGUGUGUUACAGUCCACGUCCCACCAAUGCCCCGUUUCUUUUACUUUUCUUUUACCCCCCCCCCCUGUAUUGAAAGUGUUUGAUGUAUUAAGUGCCUCUCUAUUAGCUUUGCACCUUCAGAUAUUAUCACAAUGCGUCUUUCUAUUCAAAAUGGGAAACUGCUGUAUUCUUUUUUUUCUUUUUUCUUUUCACUUUAGAAAAAUUUUCUUCGCAAGUCAUUUUUAAAAAAUCAAAACAAAAAAAAAAUACUGUAUGUUAAUAAAGUCUAUCAAAUGA